CUGUCCUAUAAUAAAUCCAUAUUGAGCCUAAUGGAAAUUCUGUCUGGCAUUACAUAUUUCAGGAAAAGCUUGAAGCAGAGAAUCAUUAGGCGGAGAACAACUGAAGGCCAAAGCUGUGUGUAACUGAAACUUAUGGAGCCCACAGACGGAUUUUCAAUGAUCUUGGGGAAUUUCAGGAACCAGACUAAUUCCUCAGAUCAAUACUGUCCUCGUAAUAACAUUCUCAAGACAACAGUGUUCCCGAUCCUGUAUUCUCUGCUCUUCCUGCUCGGAUUCAUUCUCAACUGUCUAGCAGCAUGGGUGUUUUUCAGCAUCCCCAGUCGCUCACACUUUAUCAUUUACCUAAAGAACAUUGUGGUAGCUGAUAUCCUCAUGACUCUUUCUUUCCCUUUUAAGAUCCUGUCUGACUCAAACAUGGCCUCGGUUGGUCUCCGUGUCUUUGUAUGCCGCGUUUCGUCUGUGGUUUUCUACUUUACCAUGUACAUCAGCAUCCUAUUCUUUGGUUUUAUCAGCAUUGACCGCUGUAAAAAGACUCUUUACCCUUUCACUGGGACCAGUCCCAGAAGGCUGACCAACAGGAAGCUUCUUUCAGCUCUUAUCUGGGUGUCCCUGCUGGUGCUUUCCCUUCCCAACAUGAUUCUCACCAACAAGACACCUAAAUCGGACCAAUUUAGCUGCAGUAGCCUGAAGACUGAGCUUGGCUUAAAGUGGCAUGAAGUGGUCAACCACAUCUGCCAGGUGAUCUUCUGGGUUAAUCUGAUUGCAGUUGUGGUAUGUUACAUACUCAUCACCAAAGAGCUCUUCAACUCAUUUGCACGGACUAGCGUUCUCAACACGGCAGCUCAGAGCAAUCAGAGGAAAAGAAGAGUUAGACUUAACGUGUUCCUGGUUCUUGCAGUGUUCUUCAUAUGCUUUGUGCCAUUUCACUUUGCCCGUGUGCCUUAUACACUGAGCCAGACUAGGGAAUUAGAUUUUGACUGCCGUCAGAAACUUAUCUUCUUCCUGGUGAAAGAGAGCACACUCUGGCUGUCGGCUCUGAACUCUCUUCUAGACCCACUCAUCUACUUCUUCCUCUGCAAUUCCUUCAGAGACUCACUUUUCAAAAUCUUAAGACUCUCGCCUGGGAGGUGUGGUGCAUUGCAGUAUACUACAGAUGCUGCUGCAGAUAGCGGCACUAAAGAAAACCGCUCAACACAAUUGUAGUUUAUAGUUGUUUUUUUGUUUGUGAAUGUGAUAUUAAAGUUUAGAGUGAGCUUCAUAAUCUGCAUAUUAAUAAUAUACUAUAUAUUUUUGGGAGAACAUAAUUUUGAAAACAUUUUAAAAAUAUGAAGCUCCUAAAAAUUUAGAUUUAUACCAAUGCAAAUGUAUGUUUUGAGAUUAAAUUGUACCACACCAUGUUGUUG